AUGACCACGCCGUUCACGAGUCUCCUCCACAGGGCCACCGACGGCUGGUCUCUAGACAGAUCGGGCCAGACAAUAAAAUUCGCGGCAACGAAGCGCGCAACAGAUCCCAGUGCCUUUGCAGUUGACUUCCUCUGUGGCCCACACGUUGCUUAUCCCAAGCAGCUACAACGGCUGCGGGAGCAGUUUUUCCAUAUCUUCAACUUGCUUGGCGGAGGCGAGGGACGGGGUGGCAAGCUGAGCGACAUGAAGAGCCUGACGACCCAGGACAGGGACGAGAUACUAGGAUGGAAUGCCACGCCGCCUCGAGCGCUCUCGAGUACCAUUCCAGACCUGUUCACCAGCAAGGUCGAUGAUCUGCCAGAGGGCCCAGCCAUCCAUGCCUGGGACGGAGACCUCACGUACAUAGAGCUCGACGUGUAUUCUAGUGCUCUGGCUCAAGACCUCAUUCAAUUACGCGGGGUUGGGCGAGGAAGUAGAGUGCUUGUCGGGUUCGAAAAGUCCAUGUGGAAUGUGGUUGCCAUGCUAGCUGUGCUCAAGGCCGGGGCUGUGUGUGUGCCCCUAGAGGUGUCACACCCCAUUGCCAGGAACCAGACGGUAGCCGAGGCGGCGAGCGCGACGAUUCUUCUCACAUCUCCCGCCAGCGCGCACAGGUUUGCGCCGCUGGCCCCUUCGGUCCAAAUAGUCCAGGUAUCUGCGGAUUCCAUUUCGGAAACAUGCCUCAAGCAAGGCAUCAAUGCAGCUGCCGUGGAGCCGGAAACGGUAUUGCCAUCGGACUUGGCCUUCAUCAUGUUCACCUCUGGGAGCACAGGCACGCCAAAAGCCAUCUGCCUGGACCACCUGUGCAUGGCCACCAGCAUUGUUGCCCACGGCAAGGCGCAGCAUGUCGACUCGACGACUCGAAUGUUGCAAUUUGCCGCCCACGUCUUUGACAUUUGUUAUUACGAAGUCUUUACCACACUGUUGUUCGGCGGCUGUGUCUGCAUCCCGACCGACGGCGACCGUAUCAACAGGCUACCCAACGUCAUCAACGAGCUCGGCGUAAACCAGGCGGCCCUUACCAACACGGUUGCUGAGAGCCUGGACCCGUGUCUGGUGCCAGGGCUGACACGCCUGAGCGUCGGCGGCGAGCCCAUCAGCCGUGAGCUGGUGCACAAGUGGACGGCGAACCCGGAGAUGCGUCUCUGCCAGGGCUACGGCCCGUCAGAAUGCGCCAUCUGCUGCACCGCCAUGGUCGACCUGACGCCGGACGAUGCGCCAUUCAACGUGGGAAGAGCGUUCCAAGACAGCUGCAGGGCGUGGGUAGUCGACCCCAAAGACCACGACAAGCUCGCACCAGUCGGCGCAGUCGGCGAGCUUGUCAUCGAAGGCCCAACCGUGGCAUGUGGCUACCUGAACAAUGCCGAGCUGACGAGAGCGGCGUUCAUCGACCCCCCUUCAUGGCUGCCGAGAGACCACUGUGCCGUCGAGAGAUGCAACGAAGACCAGGGGCAGGACAAUGGUUGUGCGUCGACUAGGCUCUUUAAGACGGGAGACUUGGUCCGAUACCACGACGAUGGGACCUUGGGAAUUCUCGGCCGCAGAGAUACGCAGGCCAAGGUUCACGGCGGUUUGCGCAUCGAGCUGGGCGACGUUGAGCACUAUAUCAAGGGGAUUCUGCAGCAGCCUGACCUGAGCAUGGCCGUCGACGUCAUCAUUCCAAAGGAAGCAUCGCGAAGGACCCUUGCCGUCUUCUUCCAACCCGAGAACCUCGGCGACAGCGGCGAUGCUGGAGGCGCUGGCGACUGCAGAAUCUUGGCCGGUGAGGCUGCCCUGGACGCCUCCAGAAACCUCUUAACGACCCUACAGGAAGGGCUGGCAUCAAUUCUGCCCAAGUACAUGACGCCAGAAGUUGCUAUUCCGUUGUCGACGAUGCCCCGCAAUGUCUCGUUCAAAGUUGACAGGCGGACACUGAAGGAUCUAGCCAGCGAACUGCCACGCAGAACGCUCCUUCAUUAUUCCGGCACUGCCCCGACAGUUCAGGAAUCACAGUCCCAACCGCAGCAUCCCCUGACCACGACGGCCGAGAACAAGAUGGCUCGUCUCUGGGAGGCGGUGCUGAACGUCCCCGUCAACAGCGCUGCCGACAGUUUCAUUAGACUCGGUGGUGACUCUAUCGCGGCCAUGCACCUUGUUGCCGAAGCAAGGCGGGCAGGUCUCGGUCUCAGCGUCAAGGCCAUUCUAAGUCACCCCGUUCUGUCCGACAUGGCUAGC